AUGUCCAACCGCAAACGCAAGUUGAAUUCUACCUUUGGCACCAUUCACGAAACGAUCAUCACAGAUACUGGCACCUUAAGAACAUCGAGAGCCAAUCUCAGCAAAGUCCGUGCGGAUAGACUCGCACUUGAACGUGAAAACUUGGGGAGUCACCGAGAAGAGCUCAGUGCUGCCACGCGAGAAGUCCUGGCCGAGGCCGCCAUCUAUGCAAACAAGUACCCAGACGAUGUCGGUGACUCGAUUAUGGACUUCGGUGGUGUUAUUGGUGCAGGAGUGGCUAUGGAUGGUGACGUCGUUGAUAGCGAUGACUCAACAGAGGAGAACGAGGGUAGCGAGACACAAUCUCUGGCCGCUGGCUAUGACCGGCAUGCAGUUAGUGCUGCAAGAAUGCAAAUAUUCAAUAGCAUUCAAGGUAGACGCCAUCAUCGACGUGCACCCCGCAGCCGCCUCAUGCGCAAUCGCGCAAUGCAUUCUGCAUGGCAGGAUCAAAUGCUGUCACUCGCUCGGGCGUUUUUACUGUGGAAGGAGAAUCCUUGUUUACUGUCCACUCAAGCCCCAACAACUUCAUUUCACGUCACCAUGGUUGAUAUUAGCAAUGUACUCGAAAAAUCUGUCGACCAAGCCCCCAAUGAACUCGCCAAUGUAUCACUCUUGAAGUCUGGCUACCUCGGCUGCUCUCCUCUUCAACCCACACUUGCAAUAUCUUUGGGUUGCCUCGAGCUCUACCACCAAAUACACCGGAGAAAGCCAUCAUUCAGUGUACAGGGGAUGGUGAAGGUACUGUGCUCUCUUCACAAUUCCUUACGCGACCAGUUCGCUAUCGCGUUCGACACGUAUCUUGCCAUUUUGCGCAAGGUGAGAACGCUCGUCGAUCAAGCACUAGGUCAAGACACGCCACACUGGCGUAUGCUUCAUGCAUGUCCAGCGUGCAACUACAAGCAACCUGAUGAGCCCCCUCUUUAUCCUGCACGACUUGAUGCCUUUGAUGGCAACAACUCGCUGAAACGAGUCGAUGGCUCUGGCCAUGCUGACGAACGUUCUUUCCCAUCUACGUAUCUUAUCCCCGCUGCUGAGGUGGAUCUAUUCAAAGACGAUGUCCGCCUUCGCCCAGGGACCCAAAUGACCACAGGCGACAACGUCCAUCUCUCAAACAUCCCAGGGACCCAAGCGACCACAGGGGAUGAGGUCCUUCCAUCAAACAAUUCGACUUGUACCAAAAACUGGAGGGUCGCGAACACGACAUCCGAAAACAGCACCAACGUCUUCGAUCAGACCGGUGUCUUUGUUAGCGCAUGUUGCCAUGGUAUUGUUCAAACUUUAGUUGAACUGCGACAAAGCGGUGAACUUGCGAAAUAUGCCCUAGCAACAGCAAAUAAACUGAUUGACGUGUAUGGAGCCUAUGGUGUGACCGGAUAUGACAUCAGGUGUUCUUUUUCCAAGACAAUUGCUGCAAGUUCGGUUGCUGACAAAGUCAAGAAGGUCAACCAUCGUUUCGUUGUCAAUGCCUUUCAUGGGCACGCUCACAACCGCCGUUGUCAACUCCAGUAUCAUACGCUUUAUCAGAAAGGUCUGGGGAUUGAAGAUCUCGAGACUUAUCGCUAUCAAGAACUCAGUCAGUUUCUGUACAACAACUAUAAACAGGCGCUUCGCAUCAUCAACGAUCUCGCGCCCGUCGUCCAGGAGUUGAAACAACAGCUCGAUCUUUCAGAUGCUGAUUUCGAGCAAUGGAACAUCGAAGAACUUCAAUAUCUGGAGGCUCUUGCUGCAGAACUGGAGUACAAUCCAGAGAAGAUCGCAUACGUCGAGGCCUUGCAGUCGUUGGCCAAGGCUGAAGCCGAAUAUGGUAGCAUUACUUCCGUUCAAUUUCUUUCAUAUGCGCCGGCCGAUUUCACACAGAACUCAGGUCUACACAAAGGUCCACAAACUGCAACCAAAGCAUCGCUUGACUUAGAGCACCGGCUUGGUCUUACGGAGCACUGGACACCACGUGAUCCUGAAUAUCAAGAAGCGCUCGAAUAUUUGAACAACAAUCGGUUCGUACAUGCAGUCCAGCGUCUCGAAGGACUUGUUGUACAAAGGCUGUUCAAACUUGCCAAGGCCAACUUGGCUAGUACAGGUUAUAAAAUGCGCCAACAGAUAUCCAAUGCAAUAACUCGCCGUUUGAGUGUGAUUCGCCAUGCACUGGAACACUACAACCAACUCGCGUGUCUGCAAUCCCCUCCACGAGACAUUCUCAAGUUUAGCGAAGUUGCAUCGUAUGCAUGGCUUGGCGAAUUUGAGUUGCUCAAAAGCUCACGGCAGGAAAUCUUAACCAAACCUUGGGCUUCAAAAGCCAAAAGAGAGGUGGCAGGCAAGUACUUCAAGAUAAUUCGUGCACACGAAGAAAUUGAACGCCUCAACGUUGAGAUCUCUUGUCUCCAACGAUGGCUCGACGACGAGGACACUCACUUACUCACUACUGCGACAUCGUUGGAAGCCAAUCAACCUGCACUUGCCCACGAAAUUCACCGCCUGCAUGAUAAGCGUGUGCACAUGAACAAUGUCCAUCGUGCACGCCUCCAGGCAAUAUAUGGAAUACCAGGUUUUUGUGGUAUUCGUGUGCUGGAGACCUCUAAUGAUGCAGAUAUGGGUGCAGUAAUUGACGAGCUACAGAGUGCUGCGCCCAUUGAAAUAGAUGAAGACAAUAUCUUGUGUGAUGAAGCGGCUUGUUUAGAAUCAUGUAUUACAUAG